UAGAGAAUCUUCCAUUGCAAAGACCUGGGCCAGUGGAACUCAAUGAGACAUUGCUGGAAAAAGCCAAAGGGAGUAUUUUCCUCUUUCAUGCUGAGAAAGAAGUGCUUUUAAAUUGGCAGGGAUUAGAAACACAACAGGGAAACUCUCCAGAAAAGACAGUUGUGCUUUGCACAGAAGUUGACCAAAGUUUGUGUGGCACUACAGUGAAGGAGGGCAUCCUCAGGCAUAAAAGAAGAAAAUCAUGUACAGAGUGUAAAAAUCUCCAACAAAGCUCUGACUGCCUGAAGAAUCAGAUUAUCCAAACAGGAGAAGAAUUUUAUAUAGGCACACAGUGUGGGAAAAUGUACAAGGAUGGAGCAUCCCUCAUUGUAGACAAAGGGAAUUCCACGGGAGACAAACCAUAUCACUGCUUACAGUGUGGCAAAAGCUUUGGCUGGAAGUCUUCACUCAUUACACACAACAGGACCCACACCGGCGAGAAACCUUACAAAUGUUCAGACUGUGGGAAAAGCUUCAGCAUUAACUCUCAGCUUAUAAGGCACAAAAGGAUCCACACGGGCGAGAAGCCCUACCAUUGCACGGACUGCGGCCGGAGCUUCAAUCAGAUCGCGUCACUGAUUUCCCACAAGAGGACUCACACGGGAGAGAAGCCCUAUGCAUGCUCUGAGUGUGGGAAGUAUUUUGGCACUAGGACAACACUCAUCAUGCACAAACGGGUGCACACAGGAGAAAAACCAUACCGGUGUGCAAACUGUGGACAGAGCUUCAGUCAGAGGACACAUCUUGUCAUACAUGAGAGGACCCACACAGGAGAGAAACCAUACAAGUGCUCCGAGUGUGUGAAAAGCUUCACUUCCAGCUCCGACCUUAAGAAACAUCAAAGGGUGCACAUUGGAGUGAAGUCAUUAAAGAGUUCGGUGCUGAAAGCAAGACCUGAGCACUAGACUGGGGUCAUACAUGCGGGACAGUGAGGUGGUUGGGUUUAGUUCCCUACUUAGGGGCUGCAGGAUUCCAACUUUGGAUGUUUCUUUCCAUAAAAUAAAAUU